AUGAAGGGCGUACAUGUUUCCAACUAUGACAUCAUAAGAGUACUCGGAAAGGGUAGCUUUGGUGUCGUUCGCCUCGUUCGCGAGAAGAGCGACAAUUGCGGCACUCUAAGGGGGAGCAGCUGCAGUGUAGGAUAUCUUGAUGGCUCGUUGACGCCAAGGAAUGAUAGGUCCUCCCCAACAACCCGCAGACAAAAGCAAGUCUUCGCCAUGAAGGUCAUCAGGAAGUCGGAUAUGCUUCGCAACAGUCAGGAGGGACACUUGCGGGCAGAACGAGACUUCUUAGUCGCUUCUGAAAACUCAAGAUGGGUGGUACCUCUCAUCUCUGCAUUCCAGGAUAACAACAAUCUCUAUCUUGUCAUGGAGUAUAUGGUGGGUGGCGAUUUUCUGGGCCUACUUCUUCGUGAAGACAUCUUAGACGAGAAUGUUGCCAAGUGGUAUCUUGCGGAGAUGAUAUUGUGCAUUGAGGAAGCACACAAGAUGAAUUGGAUUCAUCGCGAUGUCAAGCCUGACAACUUCCUCAUCACGUCAUCUGGUCAUCUCAAAAUCUCCGACUUUGGCCUCGCUUUCGAUGGACACUGGGCUCACAACCAGACGUACUAUAACGAACAACGGUACGGCCUACUCCGCGAUCUGGAUCUACAUAUUAAAGGCGAUGUGCAAGAUGUUGAAGAAGAAAAGAGCCGACAAGAUGCUCGUAAAACCCUGGAACCUGUCAACGGAGGUGCCGCAGCGCGCGGCCGUUACCAGACCAGACAAGACUCAGCGAAUGGACCUAUAAUCGACUGGUUGAACCGAGAGCAAAGGCGUGAAUUCGCGAAGAGCGUCGUCGGAACAAGUCAAUACAUGGCACCAGAGGUAAUACGAGGUGAAAGCUACGAUGGUCGUUGUGACUGGUGGAGCAUCGGUAUCAUACUAUACGAGUGUCUCUACGGGUGCACACCUUUCUUUUGCGACAAUCGCCAAGCCACGAAAGCGCGCAUACUGGACCACACCCGGUGGCUGCGAUUCCCACCUGAGCAGCGAUAUGCUCGUCCCAAUAUCGACCGCGUACCACUGAUGCCAGUGUCACGCAAUGCAAUCGAUCUAAUGAUGCGAUUGCUCGACGAGAGACAAGAUCGACUCUCAGCUAAGCGAUACCGUGAGAAUGACUGGGUCCUCCGUGACAAAGCUGCCGGUGCGCGCCGCAACCGGAACAUCAACACCACUGGUCAUAUCGUUUACCCAAAUGACGCCGAAGACAUCAAAUCGCAUCCGUUCUUUCGCAACAUCCAGUGGUCACAACUGCAUCAGACUCGUCCUCCGUUUGUACCUCGUGUUCAUGGCGGCCAGCCAAUUACCAAGUACUUCGAUGAUGAGGCUGAGAUCAUGAGCGCUUCUGAUCAUCUCGACUCUUCAAGCUACGAGGCUGUCGGAGAAUUGUUAGUUUCCAAUUUAGCAGGCCGUGUUGGCGAAAACGAGACCACGCCCUUGGUCCAGCCGGCAGCCCGGCAAAAGAGUAUCGCUAAACCCGCCCAGGCUUUAUUUGCCAAAUCGUUGCAAGAAAUGAAGAGGCGUAAGAGAGAGAAGAAGAGGCCUCGUGACAAACUUCUCCGAGAUCCAGAGGUCGGCCGUACCGUUUUGGAGAUCAGGAAGAAGGGUGCUUUUGUGGGCUACACAUACCGUAGGCCUAGGUUUUCGCUGCAAGAUUUGGAGGACAAGAUCGCUAUUACGAGACCUCACAUCACUCGGGCUGGGGUGGUGGCUGCGAGUGCUUAG